AUGGCGACAAGGCAAAACAAGAAACGCAAAGGCCGGCCCAACGCCCCUCCCCGCGAACGCACCGUCACCACCCUCACAGACGGCCCAGAGGGCUCCUUCAUGCCCUCCCCCCUCCCAGACUACGAAGACUCGCCCACAGCUGCGCUCCUCUCGCCGCCCUUCUCGGUCCCUACGCCCCUUUCAGCCGCCACUCCAGCCGCACUGGCCGGGCCCUUCCCUCUCUCGCCCUUCUCUGCCUCCUUCCCCUACCACAACUUUGUCAUGUCUCCUCUCGCUGGCCCUCCCUUCCAGUCCCAGCACUCUCCACCCCAGUUCUUCGCCCCGCAACAGCCUCAGUCUAUCCCACAGCCCCUGCCAGCUCAACACGUCCUAUCCCCGGGUCAGAACGACCUCGAGAUCCUCGAACGGCUCAAACAGACCAUCAAGAACAACCAGCACGAGCUCUUCCGCCCCGUUCCUCAACCUGCUGCUCUGGCUAAUGUCUAUCUGGGGCCAAAGGCUUCGCUUGUCUCACAUGUCGCUCCUCACCCUGAACAGCUUCCCUCGGACCCCUCUCCUCCUGGUCUCACGCUGCUUUCUCAUGACACUGCUACUAAGGAUGGCGCGAACGUAUCUAUUACCAAUAUCUUGAAUCAUUCUACCGCUCGUCUUCCCUCUCAAAGCCCCCAUGCUCGGGACGGCGCUAAGAAGCCUCCGCAUCGCUCGUCGGUCAGCGAGUCUCCGAAGAACAAUGCUAUGCCACCUCCUAGCAAGCGGAAUAGCACCAGGUUUGACCCCGUCGAGAACAAACCCGCCUCCUCUGCCGCCAAUAACACUGGCAAUGCUCGCUAUGACCCCGAUAGCAGUCCUCGCAUGGGCCCACCCGGCCUACAGCGACUUGACCAAGCAUCUAGCAUCCGCUCGAGCCCUGGAAAGCCAGUACGGAAUGAGAUUGUAGAAAGUCCUAUAGCGUCUGGUGAGCCCUCUCUUGCGAAGUUGCCUAUCGCAAACGGGAAGGACGACUCUCGUCCCCGAGACUCUAUGUGGCCAUCUCGUAACAACAGCAUGGUCGACCGGCAGCAACGAACUGAGCCAGACAGAGGUCGUCCUGUGUCCCAGAGUCCGCGUAUGGGCAACACGAGCGUACCAGGACUCGACAAUGGCAACGAUGCCCGAGAGCUGCCAUCUCGAGACUCCAGGAACUUCGAUCGGGAAAGGGACAACCAGAGAGAUCGCGAAAACCAACGCGACAAGGACAAGGACUUCGACCGCGACAGAGGUCGCUCGGUACGGGAGGAAUCCAACCGAUUCCGUGACGACCGACGCAACGACGACCGUCCUCGUCCUUCAGAUAACCGUCGUCCCUCGCCUGACUCCCGGAGAUACGAGCCCAGGUACCCACCUCGUCGGUACGACUCUAAGGCCUCUGAAAACUCUGUAGUCUCGCCUCGCCUCGCCGACAAGAGCCCCCUUGAUGUCCGUCCGCCUCCUCGCAAUCUCGGAGAGGAGCGCGCGAUCAUUCGGCCUCCUAUUGACCCCUCUGUGCCGCGGACGCCCUUGCUUGAUGAACGCCGUGUUCCACCUACGCCUCCUGCUGUGGAAGAGCGGAACAUCAAACCCCUUCCGUCUUCUGUAGAUGACCGUCGCGCUCCUGUCUCCUUACCUGGGCCCGAUCGUUCGGUCAAGGCCAGUGAUGACCGGCGACCUCCACCCCUUGGCGACAGACUUCAAAGGCCGGAGGAUAAGCGGCCUUUACCUUCGGCAGCCUCGGAGCGUCCUGGCCCCCCUACAGACGACCGUCGACGUCCUCUCUCUCCAGCUGCUGGUGACCGGUACGGAAGGUCAUCAGAUGAUCGCCGUGGUCUACCGCCUCCACCUGCAGCCUCCUCUGUGGACCGUCGUCCGGUCGACGAUCGGCGCCCUCCACCCUCAGUGGACCGGUACAUUCCAGCGUCUACGGUGGACGACAGACGCCCGCCUGUCUCUGCGGUUGAGGAUCGUCCACCCAUGGCCAGGCCAGAGGUAGAGAACCGCCGUCCACCCUCGCUGGAGGAGCGUAUCAGCCGUGCCCCUGUUGCUGUACUGCCUGACUCUGUCCCUGCUCGUCCCAUGCUUGAACCGCGCGGUUCUCGACCUGCGCAGGCAGAUGACCGCAGCACACGUCCACCUGUACCGCUCGAGGAGCGUAUCAGCCGUGCACCUUCCCUUCAUGAACGGCUCAACCAGCCUCCUGUCAGGCAGGACGACAGGCCGGUGCCCCGUCUCGAGGACCGCAUCAGCCGGCCUGCGAAUGCCCCGCCUUCUCUGGAAGAACGACUCUCUACCCCUGCUGUUCCUGAUGAGCGUCUCCGUCCUCGGUCUCGCAGUCGACCACCUAGGCCGCUCCCUGCGCCCUCCGAACGCCCUCCCGCCCGCUCUGUAGAUGACCGCAAGCCCCUCCCUGCGCCUGCAGUAGAGCGGCCAGCACCGCGCGCUGAAGACCGCGUCUUCACGCCUGCAGACCGCUUUCCCCGCGCUGUCACGCCUGCAGGAAGCGACCGUGGACAUCCUCCUCCUGCCCGGAACUCAUACCGUGCGCCUUCUGUGGCCCGUGACGAGCCACGCACGUUCAGGCCGCCUUCUCCGGCCCGGUCUCCAGUGCGUUCUGACGUGCGUGAGUUCCGUCCUGCGGGUGAGCCCAGGGAUCGCCUCUCCUACCGUCGCAGCCCCGUGCCUGAGCCAGAUCGCUACGCCUCCGAGCGACGCCCUGCUCCCGCAUCUACGCCUGCUCCUGAGCCGAUGGACGUCGAUCUCCACCCUCGCCCUGCAGAGACUCGUCUGUCCUACCGCCGCCCUUCGCCGCCCCCCGCAGAGACGUACCCCCCCCGCGAUCGGGCUUGGGUACCUGCCGGGGAAGCCUACAGGGAGCCCGAGCCCGCACGAAGGCCAGCGGCCGAUCCCGCCCUCGCCCCUCACUCGUACACCCGGGAGUGGCGCGAGGGCGAGCGGCCGUACGGGGACGACUACAACGAGCGCUCCUGGGACCGCAGCCGCGAGUACGACCGGGACGCGCGCUUUGUCGAGCGCGACGCCGUCCCGCCCGCUUGGGAGACGCGCGAGGAGCGCGAGCGCCGCGCUGCGUACCCUGCGGACGUGCCCCCUCCGCCGCCUGCAUCGCGCUCGUACGACCGCCCGCUCAGCGCGCGGCUCUCCGACGCACAUCCGGACGACCGCGCGUACCACGACCGUGGGCGGUAUACCGUCGAGCCGCCUGCGGCCUCCUACUCCCGGGUGCGGCCCCGCAGUCCGAGUCCUCUUCGGCGAGCCGGGGGCAGCGACGACAUGCGUGCGCCGCCGCCGAAGCGUGCGCGGGACGAUGCGUAUUACUAUCCCGACGAGCGCGCUGCUGAGUACGCUCCUCCGCCUCCGCGCUUGCGCACGCCUCCGCCGCCGGCCAGUGUGUACUACGAUGAACCUCGGUACCCAAGUCCGGCGCGGGACUAUGUCGAUCCGAGGGAGCGCGACGUUGGAUACGCGGCGUACGACCGUCAUGCAGAUCUAGACGCAGCGCGCCGGCAGGCGCGACGCUCGCCGCCUCCGUAUGCGUAUGCGAGGGACGACAGGCGCUACUAGCGCGUUUCAUUGACAUCCUACACAAAAUGUAUAUACAUGUACUCAUCUGUUCUCGUCGUUCGUGCUUUGGUUUGGUAGACAAUAUCUGUAUUGCGAGAUCUAUGUUCGUGCUUGGAUUGUACCUAUGUACCGACCAGCGACUUUCUUGCAUUCCCCAUCUUAUAUACACCGACGUGAAUCUCCC